AUGUCGGGGGUGGAGGUAAUCGCGGUCGUAGCUUGUGUGGCAGCCAUCGUAUCCGCCUACGGUGAUGGAGCACAGUUGUUUAGUUCCAUUAGGAAGAAGUACCACGAGCGCCAGUUCACCAAGGAACUAGAACGGUCGCUCGCACUUGGCCAUACCGAGAUUCGAUCUCAGUAUGAUCAGCACCAUCGAGAGCUUGGCAGGCCAUACGAGACAGGCGACGCGAUCGCUCGUGAGCAGAUGAAAGAUAUCAUCAUCACGCUGCAGGGGGCGUUGCUGUGGCACCUCCGCGAGGCGCAGGAACAGGGGACAACUCUUGAUCUGAGGGCGUUGCAGAUAGAGUCCGACCGAGGCCGCGUCCGUACUCUCGUCAUCUUGCGAGAACUGUACCAGCGUCUCUCGAUCCCGCCGCCUGUUCCGCCGACGAUCUCGAUGUCCAUCGAUCCAAACUAUGUGAGGGUGGAUGCCUUCGGUCGUGGACAGUUCCCCAAUCAUCCGGAUAGAUACUUGCCAUUCCACAGCUCGGAGACGGGGUAUCAUACUACCAGAUAUCCUGUCUCAUCAGGCAGUUACCAAACAGGCCGGUUUCUAUCGGAUGCCAUGAGCGCCUCCCCCACGGACACACAAGGGCCAUCGAGGGACGAGCCUACGCAUAUAAGACCGAGUAGACGACGGUCAUCGGGAUUUGGGUCAGUUGUUAGUAGUGUGGGCGACUUGUUCCAUUCCCGUCCAGGUCGUGGGAGUACACCGCCAUUUCCAACGUCAGCGCCCGAGCCCGGAUAUGUCCGACAAACUAGAGUGUACACCCAAGUGUCGCCGUCGACCUCGGAGCCGAUCCCGGGAUUUGAUGUUCGACCAGCCACGCCGCCGCACAAACUCAAGGAGCAAUCAAACUUGAUACUUCACGAUGUCGAUUCAGGGAACGUGUGGGGGGACUCCGACUCCGACUCCGUCAUCAGCCAUAACCCGGCCCAUAAAGAAGUAAACCACCUCUCGCUCAUCACCACACCCCCCGAACCCCGCAAAUAUUCCCUCUCCGCACCCUCAAUCGGCUCAGCAGACUCGAUCCGGUCAGACCCAUCCACUCGAAGCAGCACCGACCGACCAGCCCAACUAACCCAAGCAACCCGGCCCCUCUGGCCACCCAGCGAAGAGAACAACUACCUGGGCUUCUGCAAAGGCGCGUGGAAAGUGCACACUGGAUUCAAGGCAUUCAAAGUAUAUACCGAGCCAGGAACGGGGUAUUUCACGCAACAGUCAUGGCUGCGGUGCGGGAAGUGCGCAUUCGAGGCACCUAUGUCCCCCAGGAGUACGAGCCGCAAACCGCAAUUCGACCAAACAGUUCGGACACACCAAGCUAGUGGCGUCCGCUAUCGAUUCGAAUUCUUAGCGAAAUCUCACGUGCGCUGUAAGCGAGAUUCGGCGCUGCGUUUUUCUCCUAAUACUCCCCGCGGGGCAUUUUGUUGUGUCUUUUGCUGUGCGAUGGCACAGGGAUCGACGCAGGUUUAUGGUACCUUGGAUACCUUUAUGGCACAUCUAGCGGAAGAACAUUGGUCGGUCGACAAGGCGCCGUUAGCGGUUUUGUCGAGUAUGCGGUGUGUGGUUGGUCGGAUGGCGCCUGAUUCGGAGUAUUUUGAUGUGAAUAUUUUGCCUCGGGUGGUGUCCUAG